AUGGGGAACAGCACAGCAUCGCCAGCGUUAUGGGGACGCGUGCAGAGGAGUUGUCGCAGCACUGCUUGGGACGAGGAUAAGUUGGAGGGACAGAAAUUGGAACAAGAGCCGAGACAGAGGGUGCCAAUUGGAUGGUCCUUGGGCAACUGGGCGAGUGGCUGGCGGGAGAGGAUAAUCACACGCAGUCGCCUGGUAGAAAUAUGCAGCGAGAAAAGGGUGGGAUGGGGAUGGAACGAUGGCACGCGGUACGGCUUGGUACAGGUUACGGGACAGACCGUACAGAUGGAACCAGCUUUGGGCUACAUGGAAGGUAUCGUAUGGUUCUGUAUGGUACGUAGUAUUAUACUGGACAGCCCGGGUGGGGACGGCCCCGCCAGGAGAAGGAGAGUGAGCAGGGAAGAGGCCGCGGAGGAUUGGCGAAUAAACCAGGAGAGGGCAGCCAGGAGCCAGGAGGGAAGACAAUAG